UCAAGUCAUUCAUAUAUCUCGUACGAAAUGCCAAAAGCAAAUACUUCCACGCUUUCAGCCGUGACACAUGCAAGCAGAUACAACACUGUACACGACUCUCAAUCACCACGAAUCCCUGCGACUCCUCCUCCGCCGAUCCGACCGCCCCGCGUCCAGGGGCGGCUCAGUCGGCAUGCUGUCAUAUCUCUUUCUCUCGAACCCGUCAUCAUACUGGUCCGCCAGGCGCCGGCCUUCCGAGUACAGGCUGCCGUUCGCGGUGGCGGUGGUGCUCGUAGCAUCGGUCGUGGUGCCACUGACCGCGCUGCUACCGGGGUACGAGCUGCGGCUGUCAUCCAAACCUCCGUUACCACGAGAUCUGCGCUCGCUUCGCGGGAUGCCGUCCACGUCUUCGACAAAGUACCGUUCCCUGCGAGACGUAGGGGGGUAGUUGUGAUAGUAGUAGUGGUCAUCGUCGUAACCUGUUCGCCCCCGUCCCCGGGAAGGACAAUAGGAGCCGUCACGCCGCUGUCCUCGAGAUGAGCGGGUCGAAUGGUGUCCAUCGCGGCUCUCAUCAUAAUCAUCAUCGUCAUAGUAGUAACCC